ACAAGGCUAAACGUGGGCUAAACGAUCCAAAACGAUCUUUAAUAACAAAAAUAAAAAUUGUAAAUAAACUUGAAUCUUCUCAGAAAUGGGUACUGAGAACAGCAGUAUAAUUUAUAAAGCUAAUGAAAAGAAAAAAAAUGUUCAUGACGAUUUAAUAACAAAGUGUUUUGAAAUUAGUUCCGAUGUCGAAAUGAAAGAAAUUCCCAUAACAGGUGCAGAAUAUCUUCUAAAAGUUAUGACAGAGCGUGCUAACGUAGCUGCAGUUACUGUGUGUGAUAAAGACAUUACACAGUUCGCUAAAAACCAAUCACUAUUUGUAAAAGAGCCACCCGGAGCGAAAGUUGCACCAGAUAAACUCAGAACUACUAUAGAAUGGCAAAAAAUACAAAUGUCAGACUUUGCAGAGGUACGGACAUCUAUGGCUAAGAUAAAAAAUAACCUUUUGGAGAAAGGAAUUGGUAAAAAAAGAGUGAAACCAAUAGUAAUUCAUGAUCAAUCACUUGAAGGCUGGAAAAUAUUUUUUCAAGAACAUGAUUCAACCGUUACAUGUAUGCUGGGCUUUACUCCUGAACAGCUACACACGGGUUUAGAGAUGCUUACAGAAAUAUUGAAGGAAGUCCCACCUGGAGAUACUAUAGAGCAUAAAACAGGUCAAUGGAUCUAUGCAUUUUUGGCUUGUUUAAGGCAUCCGCCACUCUCAGAAACUGUUAGUCUUUUGAGAGACCUUGCGAGAACUUGUGCUGAAAUAAGGUCGAAUAUUGAUCAAGAAGAAGAAGAUGCGUAUAUGAAGGCAGCACCCACAAACCUCUUUAUUUGCAUAGUCGCCAGGUAUUUUGAACAAUGUGAUUUAGCUGACUAAUUUUUUUUAUAUGACCUUGGUGUUACCUUUUAUAUUCAUUAAAUAAUAAUACAGUAUGUAAACUAACGAAAACCAUUUACUGUAACCCGUAAAUGUCCAGGUGAUACUGAGAAACUUUUACUAUGGGAUCAACCCCGAAAUCACGAAAAUAUC